GGCGCCCGGCACCCACUGACGCUCCCCUCCUCAAUACCCGGAGCCUCAAAGCCCCUCCCAGGACAGCGCUCAGUAAUAAAAGGGAGGCGAGUCCCAGGCUGGCCCUCGAGCUCUGAGAGCCUGACUGGAAAUUAUCCCCCUUGGCGGGGGAAGGAAAGCAGGAGCGAAGAAGAGGAAAAGGAGGUGUGGAGAGAGCAUGGGGAUACGGGCUGCAGGAGGAGGGGGGCCCGCAGGCCUGAGGAGGCGGCUGCUCUUGCUGCUGGGGCUCUGCAGCUGGGCGGCUGCCCUCAGAGGAAAUGACAACAGUGAGGCCCUUCCUGAGUCUAUCCCAUCUGCUCCUGGAACAUUGCCUCAUUUUAUGGAGGAACCAGAUGAUGCUUACAUCAUUAAAAGCAACCCCAUUGCCUUGCGAUGCAAAGCCAUGCCCGCUAUGCAGAUUUUCUUCAAGUGUAAUGGUGAAUGGGUCCACCAAAAUGAGCAUGUCUCUGAGGAAAGCAUGGAUGAAAGUACAGGCUUGAAGGUUCGAGAGGUGUUCAUCAACGUGACAAGGCAGCAAGUGGAGGAUUUUCAUGGGCCAGAAGAUUACUGGUGUCAGUGUGUUGCGUGGAGCCAUUUAGGGACCUCAAAAAGUAGGAAGGCAUCAGUCCGCAUAGCCUAUUUACGGAAAAACUUUGAACAAGACCCACAAGGAAAGGAGGUUCCUAUUGAAGGGAUGAUUGUUCUGCACUGUCGGCCACCAGAGGGAGUACCUGCAGCUGAGGUGGAAUGGCUUAAGAAUGAGGAGCCCAUCGAUUCCAACCAGGAUGAGAACAUCGACACCAGGGCAGAUCACAACCUCAUCAUCCGCCAGGCCCGUCUGUCCGAUUCCGGGAACUACACUUGCAUGGCUGCCAACAUAGUGGCCAAGAGAAGGAGCAUGUCUGCAACAGUCGUGGUGUAUGUGAAUGGAGGCUGGUCGUCAUGGACUGAGUGGUCUAACUGCAAUGUGCGGUGUGGCCGAGGCUGGCAGAAGCGAUCCCGGACCUGUACCAACCCUGCUCCACUCAACGGGGGUGCAUUUUGUGAGGGAAUGUCAGUGCAGAAAAUUACCUGCACUUCACUUUGCCCUGUGGACGGUAGUUGGGAGGUGUGGAGCGAAUGGUCAGUCUGCAGCCCAGAAUGUGAGCAUCUGAGAAUUCGGGAAUGUACAGCUCCACCUCCAAGAAACGGAGGAAAAUUCUGUGACGGCUUUAGUCAAGAAUCUGAGAAUUGCACUGAAGGGCUUUGCAUUCAAGGUAGGUGACAUGCC